AUGUCUUCCACAAUAGCCAGAACAGCAUCAACAUCAACGACGACGACGCUGCCAACGUCAAGUGACACGGUGCUCCAGUCUACCAAGCCUAUUCCCACGUCCUCACUCUCACCCUCCAUAUCAACAGCAGCAACGUCGACACAGCCCCGACGCACAGACAACAGCCAUCCCGCUCCCUCACGACCCAGCCUCCCCCGCCGCUCCUCCUCCCUGCACAAACUCCUAAUCACAAAACUGAGGCCCCUCCCUUUCCAGUACCUCUGGUGGGUAUGGCAUUCGAAAUCCAAAUCCGCCGCCGCAACGCAACCGCCACGCCCGUUGUCCUUCUCCCGACCCACCGUAAUCGACGCCUACCAACUAAACCUGCUGGUCGAGAACGUGGCGGACAUUGGGGCCUUUUACCGCAUCUUCAACAACUUGCCGUGGACGGCCAUCCGGGGAGGCGAGAGUAUUCACAUCUUCCGGGCGGGGGUCCGGCCCUUGUGGGAGGACGAGGAGAAUAAAAGGGGAGGGAGGUGGUUGAUUCGCGUGAGGCCUGAGAUGACCGAUGCACACGCAGAUACGGACGAGCACGCGCGAGUCAUAAGUGAUGACGCUGCAAAGGACGGGAGGCGGAAAGACGUGAGGACUUGGGAGGAGGUGUGCCUGCUGUGUUUGGGCGGGGAGUUGCAGAGUGUGAUUGCUCAAGGUAUGCACGCCACGUCCGUUUCAUGA